GUUUGAUUGAAUAUUCAAAGCAUUCAUUGCUUUACUGUGUUUACUUGUUCUGUUAAUCUUAAGAACUUCAGUUUCUAUACGAUGCUUUAUGAGUUCACAUAAAAGGAUAACUUACAAGCCAGCCUACAAGAAAGUUUAGACAACAACUAACCUCUUCUUGUAAUACCUUCAUUUACUGUGGUUUCGUAUCUUUAAAACUCGACAAAGCUGGUUUAUUUUGUGUUGUAAAGCUUCCAGACAGCAAAAGCCCGCCAAUCGUGUAAUAUUUAUAAAAAGGAAAUACAGUCACUAAAUAACCAUGGAUAACGAACAAACACUCAAAGCAAUACAAGAAGAUUACCUGAAGUUGAUUGAACAUGAGAACCAGCGUGCCAGAGGACAGGCGGAAAAAAACAUCGAAUCUCUUCUCAUGGGAAUUUUAUUCCUGGUCUCCUUCCUGGCCAAUGCUACCAUAUGCACGGUAUUGCUUCAGUCCAACCACAGGCAGACGGCAUCAAAUGUGCUGCUUCUCUCUCUCAUUCUUGCCAACUUGUUAAUCUCAGUGUCGCUUAUCCCAUUCAACAUUGCAUCAGUCAUAGCAGAUGAAUGGCUUUUCGGGACAACGUGGUGUGAAACAUCUGGAUUCCUGGUCAAUACGUUGUUUUCAGGGUCAAACUUAUCAAUCGUUGCCAUAGCAAUACACCGGUAUUAUUUUGUAGUGAAACCGCUUGCUCUGAAGAUCGACGUUCGGCGUGCACACUUCAUUGUGGGUUUCCUGUGGUUUUCCUCGCUGACAUGCGCAGUGCCUCCAUUAUUCGGUUGGAACUCGUAUGCUUAUUCCCCCGGUAAAGCUCACUGUACAUUAAUGUGGAAAUCAGGAGGACCAGCGCUAUUCUAUUCGAUUUAUUAUAGUCUAUGGUGCUUUCUCAUUCCGUUGCUCAUCAUCCUAUUCGUUUACAAAUCAAUUUACAACAAGGCUAAAAAACAGCGCAAACUGGGUACCAUGGCAACGGGGAAAUUCCCUACCAACGGGCACAUUCCACGCGCAGCUAGUUUACAGUCCAUCGACAACCAGCAAUUAGCUUGUGGAUGUUUCCCUAAAUGUACCUCUCAAACGCAAAAUAAUAAUUUCUAUAUGCAAAGAAACCAAAUAGUCUCAUCAGUAUCGUCAACGUCUUUUUCCUUCGAAUCGAGUACGCAAAGCCUACCGGGUAGACUGAAUGUUCAGCAAAGGAAAGAAGCCUUAAGGAGACAGGUAUCCCGUCACAGUUCAGUCAUACAGCAGCGAACGUUCCAAAGCGUCUCAGCUAUUGUUGUCUCUUUUAUCGUGUGUUUAUCGCCAUAUUUUUUUAUUAACUGGUGGUCGUUAUUUAGCCAAUCAUCGCCUCAUCGUAUUCUGGAUUUUUUGACCUCUUGGUUGUAUCUUAUAAUGACAGCUGUCAAUCCAGUGACUUAUGGGUACUCCAAUAGGCAGAUACGACGUGCAGUGAAAAGGCUUCCUUUGGCUAAACGUUUCUUUAAGGCGCACGGUAGGGGAAGAGCUUACCAGAUGGACGCGACGAUUUACAAGAAACCAGCGAUAAGCCAAAGAAAUGAAGCUCUUGAACAUGAUAGUUAGCAUAAGACAGUCUUUCAGUCGUCGCGUA